UGUCAUAUUGAGUGCAAAAAAUGUUACAUUGAUCCUAAUUCUUGACAUAUUGAUUGCAAAAAUACAAAUAAAAUGCUAUAGAAGAAACUAAAGUAUAAAAUUUGUCAACUCAACUACCGAAUGUUAGAAAUUAUACAUAUGUGAAAGUUUUUGAAUACACAUAUUGGUACUACUGUAUUGUACUACUCGUACUACACAAAUUGUGUGUGUUGUAGUUGUACUAGUAUAAUAAAGGACACCUUCUUUUGGAACAAAAAAUAGCAAGAUAUAAUUAAGUUCUUUUAACUGGUUUCCUGCUUGGGAGCCAACCAAUGUAAUAGUUCAUGUUAACCGGACAUGGCCUCACCUCAAAAGGCCACAAAUACCCAUAUUUUGUCAAUUUCAAUCCACAAGUACUACCUCUGUCCCGUAAAGAAGUUCUCACUUUCCUUUUAUGAAUGUUCCAAAAAGAAGUUAUCAUUUCUAUAAAAGGAAACCACUAUUAACCAAAAAGUCACAACUACCCUUACUUUUUACCCACUUUUUGUUUGAUUUGACAUAAAGUAAGGGUAUACUUGAAAAGUCAAAACAAACCUCUAAUGUGUGUGUAAGUCAACUUCUUUACGAGAGGGAGGGAGUAUGUCUAACCACUGCCAGAGUUCCAUUAAUAAAUAUGGUAGAUACGAGGCAUGGAAACCCGCGUGGGAGUCUACUGCAAAUAUGAUCAGAAACGUACACAUCGCAUCCUUGUUAGGCCGACAGCGUGCUUCGUUGCCAACCCCUCAUGGUACAACACAAACACCCAUUCCAGCUUUAGCAUCUUUCAUUUUCUCCUCGGAACUCAACCAUAUUCCGAUGCUUGAAAGGUGACAAGCAUUUCAAUUCGGUCAGCGCACCGCACUAGCUCAGCCAAUGGGAGAAAACCAGUCCCAGCAUUCAAUUCCUCUUCUUCUCUUUUUCACGUUUUUCUCGCACAAAGCAAUUCAUGUUUGGUUGCCAUUAUUCAACACCACGUUCACAGGUUGCCGGCCUACCCUUUUCCUGAUUUCUUUUUUCCUGAGUUGCGUAUAUUGACAACCACCUAACAGUCUUAAGUCUUAACAGCUCGUUAGCUUGACCUUUCUCUCCUUUACGCACAUCCUACCUGUUUCCUGUCCUAUAAAUAAAACCCGCCAUAAAGAUUCAAGAUCGAAGGAAGGAGAAGUUUGGGAGUUGAAAUUUGGGAGGGAGAAAGAUUGAUUCUUUAAUAAGAAAAAAGCCUUGAGAUGGAGAACUCCAAAUGGGCAGUGAUAUCACCAUUCAUACCAUAUUUGAUCUCCUUUUUAGCUCUUGUCCUUCUUCAUGAACAGAUAUCUUACCUUAAGAAGAAGCGGUUUCUUCCCGGGCCGGCCUUGGUGUUCCCGUUCAUCGGAAGUGUGAUCACUUUGGUCACCAAUCCGACCAAGUUCUGGGAUGUCCAGUCGUCUCUAGCAAAGUCAAGUGGUCAUGGCAUUUCAGUGAAUUACAUCAUCGGCCGCUUCAUUCUUUACAUCCAUUCAACAGACCUUUCCCACAAGGUGUUCUCCAAUGUCCGGCCAGAUGCUUUCCACCUCAUUGGGCACCCAUUCGGGAAGAAGCUGUUCGGCGAGCAUAACUUAAUCUAUAUGUUCGGUCAGGAACACAAAGACCUCCGCCGCAGAAUCGCCCCAAACUUCACCCCCAAAGCGCUGGCAGCCUACACUAGUAUUCAACAGAGGAUUAUUAUCAAACACCUGGCGUCCUGGCUGGAGAUGUCUUCCAAUGCGCCGUCGCAGCCAAUCCCACUCCGCAUUCUCUGCAGAGACAUGAACCUGGAAACUUCCCAGACUGUUUUCGCAGGGAUGUAUUUAAGCGGGGAGGCGCGGCGGAGGUUCAAUGUGGACUACAACUACUUCAAUGUCGGAUUGAUGAAACUUCCGAUCGACCUGCCGGGUUUCGCUUUCAGAAACGCAAGGCUGGCGGUGGACAGGCUGGUGGACACGCUUUCGGUGUGCGCCGAGCAGAGUCAGAGGAAGAUGGAAAAGGGAGAAGAUGCUACUUGCCUCAUUGAUUUCUGGAUGCAAGACGCUAUAAGGGAAAUCAAUGAGGCGAAGGAGAACGGCGGCGAUGUUGGUUUCGGCUAUAGCCACCGGGAGAUCGGCGGGCAUCUAUUCGACUUCCUCUUCGCCGCUCAAGACGCGUCCACUUCUGCUCUGGUGUGGGCGGUGGCGCUCUUGGAGUCUCAUCCGGAUGUUCUCGAGAGAGUUAGAACAGAAGUGAAGAGAUAUUGGUCGCCCGAAUCGGAUCAGCCGAUCGGCGCGGAGCAGCUCAGGGAAAUGAGGUACGUGGAGGCGGUGGCGCGUGAGAUUAUUCGAUUCCGAACCCCGGCGACAUUGGUGCCGCACAUUGCCGGAGAGGAUUACCGGUUGACGGAGAAUUAUGUUAUUCCCAAGGGAACCAUCGUAUUCCCAUCGGUAUUUGAUUCGUCGUUUCAGGGGUUUCCCGAACCGGAAAAGUUUGACCCAGACCGGUUUAUGGACGAAAGGCAAGAGGACCGGGUUUAUAGGAGGAACUUUCUGGCAUUUGGGGCUGGUCCCCACCAGUGUGUGGGGCAGAAGUAUGCGAUUAACCAUCUGAUACUCUUCAUAGCAGUGUUUACGGCUACGAUUGAUUUCAAGCGUCACCGAACGGACGGCUGCGAUGAGAUUGCCUAUGUCCCUACCAUUGCUCCCAAGGACGACUGCGCAGUCUAUCUCGCACUGAGAUGUCCCAAAUUUCCUUCCCUGUCUUGACACUUGUGCCCUUGGCAAUCCAAUCCCUUUUUUUCUAUUGAUCCAAGUGAUGGAUGAGUUGUGAACGGUUUCCCUCGAACUUUCAAAUUUUUCUACCAUGUAUAUAAUAUUUUCAUAAAUUUUUGUAUUUUAAUUAGAUUUAUGUGUUCAACCCCUUAACUUUUAGUUUUCAAAAUUAAUACAUAGUCACAC